UGCUUAAUCCAUAACAGAAAGCAUCGCUUAUGCUAUCCUGCUCAGAGUAGCGUUAAAUGCUGUGGAGCCGCUUUAUUGCUCUGUCACGGAACUCUUGAUUAAUAACAUUGGAUCAUCGAUCAACCGCGAUCCUUGGACUAGACAGAGGAUUCAAACAGACACCAGUGAUACUGCGUCAAGUUAAUUAGCAUAUCUAGCUAAAGACGCUAACGCUUCAGGGCUGACUGACCUCAGAAAAUAUAACAACUGCCAAACAAAAUGCCGUUUUACUUUCUUUAACCGAAUAUCUGGAUUCAACCGGAUGCUUGCUGGACACAAAAACGCUGGACUAUCUAAACUGUCAGAUAUUGUUUUGACGCAGAAAUAGUUUUGAGAAGAAGUUAGCCUGGUUAGCUUUGGGCAGAUUCACAUACAGCAGCUGUUUAUUCUGAAACUGUCGUAUUUCAUCUUAUAAUUCAGUUGUCGUGUAUGUUUGGAUACUAGUGCAGUGUUGUAUCACUUGGAGCAGGCUACAGCAGUCAUCAUUUAGGCUGUGUGAGUGUGUGAUAGAUGCGAGUGAGAUGCAGUGGUGUUGAGGAAGAGCUCAAUGCCGUGUGUGCUGGAGGAUGAAGCGGAUGAGCUGGAUGAUCACAGUCAUUAACAGAAGAAUGAUGAAGAUCCUCAUCGCCCUCGCGCUCAUUGCCUACAUCGCCUCUGUCUGGGGAACCUACGCAAAUAUUAGGUCUCUACAGGAACACGGAGAAAUGAAGGUUGAGCAGAGGAUAGAUGAGGCAGUGGCACCUCUCAGGGAGAAGAUACGAGAACUUGAGCUCAGCUUUACCCAGAAGUACCCACCUGUGAAAUUCUUAUCCGAGAAGGACCGGAAGAGGAUUUUGAUCACCGGAGGGGCAGGAUUCGUAGGCUCGCACCUCACUGAUAAGCUGAUGAUGGAUGGUCAUGAAGUGACAGUGGUGGAUAAUUUCUUCACUGGCCGCAAGCGCAAUGUAGAGCACUGGAUCGGCCAUGAGAACUUCGAGCUGAUCAAUCACGAUGUGGUGGAGCCUCUCUAUAUUGAAGUUGACCAGAUAUAUCAUUUGGCCUCGCCUGCGUCACCACCCAACUACAUGUAUAACCCUAUCAAGACACUGAAAACUAAUACUAUUGGUACUCUGAACAUGCUAGGAUUGGCCAAGCGAGUCGGAGCUCGUUUGCUCCUCGCCUCCACUUCAGAAGUGUAUGGAGACCCAGAGGUGCACCCCCAGAAUGAGGAAUACUGGGGUCAUGUGAACCCUAUUGGCCCCCGGGCCUGUUAUGAUGAAGGGAAACGUGUUGCUGAGACAAUGUGUUAUGCCUACAUGAAACAGGAAGGAGUAGAGGUGAGAGUGGCUCGCAUCUUCAACACCUUUGGGUCUCGCAUGCACAUGAAUGAUGGGAGAGUGGUCAGUAAUUUCAUUCUGCAGGCUUUACAGGGAGAGCCACUGACGGUUUACGGUUCAGGUUCUCAGACAAGAGCUUUCCAGUAUGUGAGUGAUCUGGUGAAUGGCCUGGUGUCCCUGAUGAACAGUAACAUCAGUAGUCCAGUGAACCUGGGCAAUCCAGAGGAACACACUAUACUAGAGUUUGCACAGCUUAUUAAGAGUCUAGUUGUGAGCCGCAGUCAUAUUCAGUUCCUUCCAGAAGCACAGGAUGAUCCACAGAGAAGACGGCCAGAUAUCCACAAGGCCAAAAUGCUUCUGGGCUGGGAACCUGUGGUGCCACUGGAGGAAGGCUUGAACAAAACCAUCCAGUACUUCAGCCGAGAGCUGGAGCAUCAAGCCAACAAUCAGUAUAUACCCAAACCCAAAGCUGCGCGGAUGAAAAAAGGAAGACCCAGACACAACUGAUGAAUUGUGUUGAUCUCAGGGAUGCUGGGAUACUGAAGGACCUUAGACGUCCAGCAGCCAUUUUAUGGCGUGGGUUUCCCGCCUCCCGCUUUCAGAUCCAUCUUUUUGAGAAGAAAAAAAAGAGGAAUUUUUCUGAUGUUUUUCCCAAAUGUUUUGAAAAGCAGCUCAGGCAGAGAGCUGUCUCUAAAGAGUUUGUUUUUCAGUCAAAUGUGCCUCAAAGAUAUCCGAUUUACAGACUUUGCCUUGCACUUUGGUUUGUCAGUCGUCUGUCUGUUAUUUAAAGCAAGCUUAGAUCUUCGUGUGCAUUUUUUGUUGUGUUUACAUUCUGUGCCGUUUUAAUUGAUGUGAUCUAUUUUUUUAUCGUCGUCAAAGCUAGCGUAGAAAAUUAUGGAAAUUAGCGAUUGCAAACUAUUUAAAGAUCUCGAAUGUCUGGUCUGGAGCAGGAAAUUUGAGUACACGGAUGAAAAAAAAAAGCUUUGGAAAAUGUUCUUUCUGCUUUAAACUUUGUGAUGAUUUUGGGCAAAAUCUGCUGUUACCUUUGUGAAACUUCAUACAGAACUUUGAACCUAUAAUUGACUUCAGGUGAAAAUAUUUUAAUAAAAUAUUUACUGUGA